GAAUGUGGAUGCUGGAGGCACCGGCCGCGAGACUGGUCUUGUCUCGGCCGGCCUCUGCGUGCUUUGGAUUUGGCUUGGACCAAUCCUAACGGCCGGGGUGCCCAAGUUUGUGGUUGGAGGCAUGCUUUGCCACCUUGCUUUCGGCUACAUCCUCGACGGCCUUUGGGAGCCUAGGGCAUUGUUGUCCUGCGGCGACUACGUCAUCAUCUGCGCCAUGGUUCUGUACUACCUGGCCACGGAUUUGGUUCCUGCCAUCCUGGUUGGACUCGCACUGUGCAGUUUUAACUUCAUGCUGCGCUACUCGCAGAGUGGACCCCUGGAGUUCGUGACCACAGCAGGCGAUGCGGCAAUGUUUUCAAACCGCUUCCGCCCCAACGGUGAUCGCUUGUACCUGAAGACUGCUCCAGGCAUUGUCGUGGCCCGGACGUUUUGCAGCCAACUCUUUUUCGGCUCUAUGGCCGCCAUCCUUGCGGAGGUGAACCCUUGGCUCCAGAAGGGCCGCUUCCUGCUGCUGGACUUGUCGAGCCUGCGUUCAAUCGACUCCUCUGCGCUUGCCGGUUUCCGGAAGCUGCCCAACCACGUGCAGAUUGUGGCCGUAGGCCUGCCGCUGCAGCUGGAGACACAAGUCCGAAGCGCAGGCCUGCCUGUUUGCAUCUUCCAGUCUAUCGACGAAGCCUUGGAAUGGUGCGAGGACCACAUCUUGAAGUUUAGGUACCUGGAGAUGCACCAGGCGGACUUGAACAUGCAGCUGCUGGGGCGUCCCAGCAACAACCCAUCCUUGCCUGCGCCGGACGAGCCGAGGCUCGAUAGUGCGGGGAUCUCUUCAGCCGUGACGCGAAUCCUUGGCUCCGGCUUGCAGGAUUUGGUGGAUCUGCUGGAGCAGAUCCCAGUGAAGGCGCGCGAAGUGGUUUUCCAUGAAGGCUUGGCGGCAGAAGGUCUAUACAUCGUUGUCAUCGGCGCGUUGCAGAUCCAGCACGGCAGCCAGCGCGGCAUCGUGCUUGGACCAGGUGAAAUUGCUGUGGAUGUCAACAUCAAGCGCAUCUUUGGACAGCAGGCGAAUGCGCGCCGUGGGAAGCCGGUGUCGGAUGGCGAUCUCCUUUGCGAGGUUCUCACAUCCACACGUUUCACUUGGGACAUGACCUACGGCACAGCGACAUACAGCGACGAUUACUGA